CUUAAUUGGAAUUCCAAAUCUCUAUUAUAAGAAGUCAAAAGCUGCUCACCACAGAGCACACAACCCCUUUGAAAAACCACAACCAAGAACACAAAAAACACACACACCUACCGCCAUGGCUUCUUCCUCUACCAAACCAAUCUCCACUCCUCCAUUCACCACCACCAUCUCCUCCUCCUCCUCCUCCUCUUCACGACCAUCAACAAGAUCCUCUCUUCUCUCCUUUCUCCGUAACACCACCCCCACACCAAUCUCCCUAAAGCUCUCUCCUCGUUCACGCAAUUCUUUCUUGAAUUCUCAUUCUUCUUCAUUCCGUUCUUUAUCCAUCAAGAAUGCUACAAAGACAAUAGAAUCAGCUGAAACAUCAAGGGUGUCCAAGGUUGGAGGGCAAGAUGCAGAUUCUCAAGAAACAAAACCAACAAUCUUGGUCUCCGAGAAACUUGGAGAAGCUGGUCUUGAGCUUUUACGUAGCUUUGGUGAUGUAGAUUGUUCUUAUGAUCUUUCACAAGAAGAUCUUUGCAAGAAAAUUGCAUCAUGCGAUGCAUUGAUCGUUAGAAGUGGUACUAAGGUUACCAGGCAGGUUUUUGAGGCUGCUAAAGGGAAGUUGAAGGUUGUAGGAAGGGCUGGUGUUGGCAUUGACAAUGUAGAUCUACAAGCUGCCACAGAAUUUGGUUGCUUGGUGGUCAAUGCACCAACUGCUAACACUGUUGCUGCUGCUGAACAUGGGAUUGCCCUGCUUGCCGCCAUGGCUAGAAAUGUUGCACAGGCUGAUGCCUCCAUGAAAGCUGGGCAAUGGCAGAGGAACAAGUAUGUUGGUGUGUCUUUAGUUGGGAAGACAUUGGCUGUGAUGGGAUUCGGGAAAGUUGGGUCUGAAGUGGCUAGACGUGCAAAAGGUUUGGGAAUGCAAGUUAUUGCCCAUGACCCAUAUGCCCCAGCUGACAGGGCCCGUGCCAUUGGCGUAGAGUUGGUGUCUUUUGAUCAGGCCAUCUCCACCGCUGAUUUCAUCUCUCUUCAUAUGCCACUCACUCCCAGCACUGAAAAGGUGUUCAAUGACGACACUUUUGCAAAGGUGAAGACGGGAGUUCGAAUCAUCAAUGUAGCUAGAGGUGGAGUUAUUGAUGAAGAUGCUUUAGUGAGGGCCCUUGAUAGUGGAAAAGUUGCUCAGGCAGCACUGGAUGUUUUCACAGAGGAACCUCCACCAAAAGAUAGCAAAUUAGUGCAACAUGAGAGAGUCACUGUCACACCUCAUCUUGGAGCCAGCACAAAGGAAGCACAGGAAGGUGUAGCUAUCGAAAUAGCAGAAGCCGUUGUCGGAGCCUUGCAAGGGGAACUUGCUGCUACGGCCGUGAAUGCUCCUAUGGUUCCUGCUGAAGUUUUGUCAGAAUUGGCUCCUUAUGUUGUGCUAGCUGAGAAGCUAGGUAGGCUGGCGGUACAGCUAGUGGCUGGAGGUAGUGGAAUCAAGUCUGCUAAGGUGGUUUACAGAUCAUCUCGAGACCCAGAUGACUUGGACACAAGACUUCUCCGAGCCAUGAUCACAAAAGGCAUCAUUGAACCAAUAUCAGACUCGUUUAUCAACCUUGUCAACGCAGACUUCACAGCCAAGCAAAAAGGCCUCCGCAUUAGCGAGGAACGUGUGGUUGUCGACACAUCCCCCGAGUUCCCAAUUCACUCAAUCCAGGUACAACUAUCCAACGUGGAUUCCAAAUUUGGGAGUGGUGUUUCAGAAGGUGGAGACAUAAGCAUCGAGGGUAGAGUGAAAUAUGGUAAACCCCAUUUGACUCGGGUAGGAUCAUUCAGCGUUGAUGUCAGCCUGGAAGGCAAUCUCAUUCUUUGCAGGCAGGUUGAUCAGCCUGGGAUGAUUGGUCAGGUUGGAAACAUACUUGGCGAGCAAAAUGUAAACGUGAGCUUCAUGAGCGUGGGGAGAACUGUUCAGAGGAGAAAGGCCAUUAUGGCAAUUGGGGUGGAUGAAGAGCCCAACCAGGAAACCCUCAAAAAAAUUGGUGAAGUACCAGCUAUCGAAGAGUUUGUGUUCCUCAAGCUAUAGAGAAAUCCAACACAACUGCUCUGUUUGGAAUCCAGCGUUACUGUUUUAGAGGAUGCCUGAAGGUUAUUCAGAAUAAAAUAAAAACUGGUUACCAGAGAAGGGAAAUCAGCUCUGCCUCUCCAUGUUUACCCAUCUUUAGUUGUAUACAAGCGUCCUAGUAGUGUUUGCUCACCUUCUCCCCUUUACCAAGAGGAAAUAGAAGGGAAGAAGUGAUUUUUUGCUGUUGUUGGUUUCAGGACCUGCAUAUUAUUUUGCUUGUAUUCUACAAAAUUUGCUAAUUCUAGACAAUUCUGCUUGGUGAGUU